UCAUCCUGUUGGUCCAAAACCCCUAACCAUUCCACUAUCAUCAAAGAAAAAAUUGUAACAUUCUUCCCAUUCUAUUAAAAAUGAUAUUAGUGAGGUGUCCUUAGAGCUCUUCAAGGGUGAAAUAUAUACACACCUUUCUUUUCAUUUUUAUUUUUUUUCUGUUUUUUUGGGGGGGUUCAUUCCUAAUUAGUGCUUUUGCAUAAGAGGUUCUUAGUUUAGCAACUCUUCUCUUGUUCAAAAAGAGACCCAUUUCAUAUUUUUCUAGAGAGAGAGAGAGAGAGAAAGAAGAUGAUUGCAAAGCUUAAGGGGGAGGGGGAGAAGAAUACAAAGUAAUCACAUAAAGGUUUAAGUGAAGAAGAAAGAAAGAAAAACAAAAAAUGGAAAGCUCGUCAGUCUGCGACGAGAAUUCGGAAGAGACUGGGUGCUCCACCCUGGGUGUCGAUUCGAUCGACUACAGCCGCACAAUCUCCGACGUCUCAUCCUUCUCCGAGCGCAGCGAAGAGCACAGUGGCCCCUUCGAAAUGCGCAGCAGAGGAUGGCCGAUCGCCAAACUGGUCGACCGGCCUUUGCCUGUUCUGAGCAGGCUUAGCAUGAAGCAGCGAGCUGACGUGCUGAAACGAAGACCGACUGAAGAUGAGUUGGAACUCAUAAGGGAGAAAUUCUCAAAGCUUUUGCUGGGAGAAGACAUGUCAGGGACUGGCAAGGGUGUCUGCACUGCUGUGGCCAUCUCAAAUGCCAUCACAAACCUCUAUGCGACGGUGUUCGGGACUUGCCGCAAAUUGGGACCUCUUUCGCGAGAGAAGAAGUCGAUGUGGAGGAGAGAGAUGGAUUGCCUCCUCUCAGUUUGCGACUACAUAGUCGAAUUCUACCCCUCUUCGCAAAAAUUGCCCGAUGGAUCUACUGUAGAGGUGAUGACGACAAGACCAAGAUCGGAUAUUUACGUAAAUCUGCCCGCGCUGGAAAAGCUAGAUGCAAUGCUGAUUGAUAUACUGGACAGUUUCAGGAAACCGGAGUUCUGGUAUGUUGAUGAAGGAAAGCAAUCAUUUAACUCCGCCUCGCAGUCGUUCCGGAAACUAAGCCACCGGAACGAAGAGAAGUGGUGGCUCCCCGUGCCGUGUGUUCCUGAUUCUGGCCUCCAAGAGAAGGGGAGGAAAGAGCUGCAAAAGAGGCGGGAUUGCGCGAAUCAGAUCCAUAAAGCGGCGGUGGCGAUAAACAGCACCGUCCUUGCUGAAAUGGAGGUCCCAGAAUCAUAUCUAGCACCACUUCCAAAGAGCGGCCGGUUAAGCGUAGGAGACUCAAUAUAUCGCUACAUGUCGACUCUGGACCGGUUCUCGCCGGAUUACCUUCUCGACUGCCUCGACAUAUCGUCGGAGCACCAAGCACUUGAGAUGGCCGACCGUGUGGAGGCCGCAAUGCAUGUUUGGCGCCGCAAAGCGAGCAUGGCCCAUUCAAAGUCCUCGUGGAAUGUGGUGAAGGAACUGGUGGUCGACGGUGAUAAGAACGUAGUGCUGGCGAGCAGAGCCGAGAGUCUCUUGCUGUGCUUGAAGCAGAGAUUUCCCGGCCUGUCGCAGACCACCUUAGAUACAAGCAAAAUCCAGUACAAUAAGGAUGUUGGACAAGCAAUCCUGGAGAGCUAUUCGAGGGUGCUGGAGAGUUUGGCAUUCAACAUUGUUUCAUGGAUCGACGAUGUUCUUUUCGCCGAUAAAUCCGCUAGAAACGGAUAAAUACAAGUGAACCCUGAGGACACUACUAGGUUCCCAGAUAGCUUUUCUCCAGCUUCCUUUACCAGAAGCUGCCGCAGAGUGAACUAACAAUAGGAAUGAGAACAUUUUGUUGACCUAGGAAAUCACUGUACAUUUUGUAUCAAUGAUAUCAUUAGCUCUCAGAAACAAUGUUUAUUUCACUUGAGCUUCAUGGCUAACCUAGAACUGCCAAAAAAAUAGGCACUAAAACAAUCACAGAAGCUAGUGCUAGACUUGCAAAAUAGCUUAGUGAGUAUCAGGUUAAAGCAACCCAGUUGAACGCAGUUUGUAAUGUUUCUUCUUUUUUUUUUUUUUUAUUCCAUCGAAAUACAACCACCCUUUUUCCCCUACCUAUUGCAAAAAGAAAAGGCAAGAUCCCACUUGUCAAUUAAAGCU